UGUUAAUCGAAAUCGGAUCUACUGAAGGCUUUUAAUUCUUUCCCGUUUAGCAUUAAAUGUGAUGCGCAAGAGUCUUGGCGAUUAUUUGGCGCACAUAUCCGUUGUGUAUAAAAAGAAGAACAGCAGGCAAAGUCGAAAGAAAGGCACUCGAUUCGAGCAGCGAUAUGUUGAGCAUUGAAGACAGUCUGUGGCCUUUGACGGCCGCAUUGAAAAUCUUGGGCUUCCACGUCGGUCCGAACAGGAAGUCCAGAUCGAAUCGUUAUUCCAUUUGCUUGUUAUUGACAGGCUGCCUGAUGGUGUUGUCGACUGUCGGACUUCACUGCACCUCGUUUAUCGCAGGAGUACUGCGAUUGAAAGCCAAUGAAAUCGGCCCCAACGGCACCAUUUUGACUACCACAAAAUUGCUGAACAUCGGGAUCGACCAUCUCAAUUACACCUGGGUCCUCAUCGGAGUCCACGUCACGUUCUUCAUUGUCAGUCUGACGGCCAACUGGACCCAAUUGUGGGACACGUUGGUCUUGAUCGAAGAGAGCCUUAAUUUCAAUUCCGAUUUUUACAUCAAGUGUAGGAGGAGCGUCGUAUUUGGCUUUAUUCUUUUAUUCAUCGAUUCCGUCAGCCAGUUCUUCAUCUCGAUCCAGUCCUUUUACUGGGACAUGGGCGUCUUGAGACCGGCUGCCAUCGUUUUGUCCAAUCUAUCCCGCACGACCAUCAUCAGCGUCUUCCUGCUCUUCUGCGUCCUGGCCAGAGUAAUCACGCUCAUCUUUCAAGGCCUUAACGAGCAGAUUGACCACAUGGACGAGCCCCAAAAGUUUUCGCCGUUGUACUCGGGCAGCAGAGUCUUAAAUGUCCGUCUGGAAAAAUGGCGAAGAAAUCACACGUUGGCCUGCAAACUGGUUGACAUGGUCAAUCAAUGUUUCGGGCUGGUCAUGGUCAUUACCGUCGUUAAUGUUUUCGUGAGUUUCAUCACGACAACGUUCGAAAUCGUCAGCUCCAUCCAAGAAGACGAUACGAUCCCGUUAGUUUUCGUCUCCAUCUUUAUUAAGAAAUCGAUCCUGCUGACCAUCAUCAUUUACGAACCUUAUUGUUUACAAGCGGAGGUGAGUCGGACUGCAGUUUCUCUCCGCAAGAUCCACCCGUUGACUGCCGACCUCCUCACUCAAAUUAAAUUAAAUACCGUGGUAGUUGAAGUAACUCACGCCAGUCCAAAAAUCACAGCCAUGGAAUUCUUUGAUGUCAAUCUCCGACUUUUACCGACGCUGAUUGGAAGCACCUUGACGUACGUGGCUAUUCUUCAUCAAGUGUCUUCACACUCGGAUUGACCAAAAAAUAUUUAGAUAAUUUUUAACACGCACACAUUUCAAAGAACGGCGUCGGUAAUUUACCCACUGUCCUUUAACACUAGCCCUAUUCUUAAUUACCAAUGGAAAUUGUAUUAGCAUGUCAAACACCAUUACAUAAUUACAUUUAAGCUUAUAACGCUCUGUACCACACGUUUUGAAUUGUUUAGUACUGGCGUUUGCUAUUUCGUAUUUAAACCAGAACACCUUCCCUUGCGAAUGAACUGUUGUACAAUAAAACUAUAAACCAUCAAGUAAAUCUUAAACUUACAAGUCAAUAAGCGCAAGAAUUUCAAACAUUAA